CCCAAAGAGAAAAUUAUGGCAGACAAAAUCCCAACUUUAUUUGAAAGAACUGCGUCAUCUCAUUACAAUAGCAGGGACCAACAAAGAAUUUUCAUACCCAUGGAAUCAGAUAUUGAGGAAUGUACUUCACAAUGGACCCGAAAUACUCUAAAUACGUUGGACAUUGACAGCAUUCUUACAAAAUCAUUUGAUCCUAUGGAUUUGAUCUCCUUUGCUUUUAGUGUAAACGAUCCUAAAAUUUUAAGUCGCGUUGAACGUUGUAAAACGGCAAUAGCCAAACAUAGCAUAAUAGGAUUUGAUACUCAUUGUAAUGUGUUAGAUGCUGAUGAAGUUGAAAAUAUUGAACCCUGUGCAGCUUUUGAAAUGAUGGUAGCUGAUUUCAGAAAUCGUCAUUGUUAUGAUAUCAGUAAAUGGAACAUUCAGCCGCCUCAUUGUGAUGACAAAUUAGAUAUACAGUUGUAUCAAAAAUUUCAAGUUCAUGGUGAAUUAUUUGCACAGCAACUGAUCAACAUAAGUAUGAUGAAGAAAUCACAGGACAUAACAGAAGGGAUGUAUCAAAGCUUGUUUCAAAAAUUUGCAGCAAUGUUUGGAUUGACAAGUUUGAGUUCUUCAGUACUUGGAGCAGCACAGAUUAAUAUUGGGAAUACCACAGUAACCUCCCUUCCUGAUGUAAUUUUCCCUGAUGUCUCUCAUACAGAUAAAGAUGAUGAUAGGUUAAAGUUACUGGCUGUCUGUAAGGUUACAAAAGAUUUUACAAGAAGAGAAGAAUUAUUUCCUGUAGAACAGGGUAAUAACAGAAAGAGAAUAAGAAGAAAAGAAGAAGAGAAAGUUAUACAGCAUCUAGAUGAAGCGUUACAAGAACAGCACGGCGGGGAACUCUUGGUUCAGCUCCCACUGUCUGAGCAUAAUGGUCUUCUAGGAAUUAUUGUUCAGAAGACACAUAUAACAUUUUCUUAUUUCCAAUGCAACAAGAUACAAUUUGAGGUAGUGAAGUCAAGAGACCAUUACAUAAAUAAACCAGUUAUUUAUUACAGUAGACCAUACAAUUACUUGAAGGCAGCAGAUAGAGAGGAACUAAUAAGACCUUUGUUAACAUUGGGGUUCAUCCAGUAUUCUCCUUGUUGUAUCAGUAGGAAGGACCCAUAUAUUAAAACUGUUGAAAAAUAGCAGGAAGUUGAUCUCAGUUUCAUUUUCCAUCAGACAGUAACAAACUGUCAAUAUCAGGUUAAACAAAGAACAGUUGGCAAUAUCUGGUUAAACAAAGAACAGUUAGCAAUAUCUGGUUAAACAAAGAACAGUUGUCAAUAUGUAGUUAAACAAAGAACAGUUGGCAAUAUCUGGCUAAACAAAGAACAGUCGGCAAUAUCUAGUUAAACAAAGGACAGUUGGCAAUAUCUGUUUAAACAAAGAACAGUUGGCAAUAUCUGGUUAAACAAGGAACAUUUGGCAAUAUCUUGUUAAACAAAGAACAGUUGGCAAUAUCUGGUUAAACAAAGAACGGUUGGCAAUAUCUGGUUAAACAAAGGACAGUUGGCAAUAUCUGGUUAAACAAAGAACAGUUGGCAAUAUCUGGUUAAACAAAGAACAUUUGGCAAUAUCUGGUUAAACAAAGGCCAGUUGGCAAUAUCUAAUUAAACAAAGAACGGUUGGCAAUAUCUGGUUAAACAAAGGACAGUUUGCAAUAUCUGGUUAAACAAAGAACGGUUGGCAAUAUCUGGUUAAACAAAACUCAAGAUUAGUAAAGGGUGUGACUCCCAUUUACCGACAGGCCCUGUAUGAAUUUGAAUAUUUUCAAAGGACAGAUGAUAAAGAAAUUAAAGAGCUAUACAAUCCAGAAAUAACUUCCCUUAACAAUUUCGUGUAAAAUUAAUAAGACCAUUGAAAUUAGUGCUGUCCAUCUAAAACUGAUAUGCUUAAGAAACUCAAGUUGUCGGUCAAAUGGUUUACUUUAACAAAUUGUGACUUGGAUGGAGAGUUUUCUCAUUUGCACAUCUUCUUAUGUCUAAUAUCUGUUAAAUGAAAACUUUUUGAGCAUUUGUUUCAACUGCAAUAAUAGGAAAAAUAACUUGCACCAUAGCACUUGUAGAUAUCUGAACCAUGAAUGUCAUGGUGUAAGUUUCAGAGAAACAACAACUUUGAAAUCAAUUUAAAAAAGCCUACUUGUAGUUCGAUUGGUUGUUUGUUAAUGUCAAUUAAAGAUGUUAAAAUUGA